GUUGAAUGAGAGUGUGUUUCAAAUACCCUUCAUGUUGUUGCCAAUGUGCGCGAAUUAUUGUGUUGAUGUCACAGACAGAAUAUUAUAAAUUUUAUGUUUUCUUCCUUGUGUGCUGUUGAAAAAUCUAUAUAUUUUUUUAAAAAAUAUGUUGAAAAAUAAUUUUUAUUUAAUCAGUGAUAGUGACUCACUCGAACAUAAUCACAAAGUUUGGUGGUUUUGUUCUACAGAAAAAAAAGGUUGAAAUGUAUGUGUGAACUUCCCUAAUUAACAGUUUAAUAUGAAAUGUAAAUAAUUGGCCAUUGGAAUUUCCUUAAAAAACAGACUGCGCGUGAGUCAGGCAAUGCCGUCGGCACACCUGACUCUACGUGAGGAGGACGUGGUGCGACUGGCGCUCGAGUUCCUGCACAAUAGAGAGCUGCACAUAUCGCAGCUGUCCCUCGAGCGGGAGACUGGCGUCAUCAAUGGUGCCUAUUCGGACGACAUCCUGUUCCUGCGGCAGCUGGUGCUCGACGGCCAGUGGGACGACGUGCUCGAGUUCAUCCAACCACUGGAGACCCUGGCCGCCUUCGACAUGCGGCGGUUCAAGUACACCGUGUUGCGACACAAGUACAUCGAGUUGUUGUGCAUCAAGUCUGAAGCCAACCUCAGUGGAGGGGGUGUCGAUAGUGCUGUCGAAGAAGUUGUCAAAGUGUUAGGGGAGCUGGAAAAAGUGGCACCCACCAAAGAAGACUACUCUAACUUCUGUCUGCUGCUGACCCUCCCCCGCCUUACCGACCACCUCCACUACAAGGACUGGAACCCGAGCAAUGCCCGCGUCCAGUGUUUCCGCGAUGUUUUCCCUCUAGUCGAAAAGUUCCUACCUGGAGACCGCAAGACGGACAAGGGUGUCACCAUACCCAUCAACCACACAGCCAAAAACGAUCGGCUCGUUCAGCUCAUCAUCAAGGGCGUUCUGUAUGAGUCGUGUGUCAACUACUGUCAAGCCAAAGCGACCGGUUCCAAAGAAUCACACAACACUGAAAUGAAUUUUUCGCGUCUGCUGGAUGGGUCGGCGGGGUUCAGUGAUUCGGAUUUAAGUUUACUAUCGUGGUUGCAGAGCAUACCUCCCGAUACGUUCAGUGUGCCGUUCGAGCAGCGGACGCUGAACGUGGAUGUGGAGAGGCUGGAGAGACCCAGUCUGGAGACAUCGUGGACCGAGCAUAUGCUGGUGACUCCUAUCAAACCAAAGACAUUCCCUCACUCGGCAAUGCCGUUCACGAGACCGCGAUCAGCAGCUGAUAUAAUGUCGAGAUCGUUGUUGCCCACACUGGAAGGCAGUUCGUCGGCGCGUGUGUCGAAAGCCGCGCUGAUGGCAUUGUCCACCGGCGAUAUUCUACCAGAUUCGGUCAUGUCUCGGUCAUCGUUCGCUAGUUUCCAUCUUACGGGACACAAAAGUAACAAACUGAUGAAUACGUCGGUGGAUAGGUUGUUUGAUAACGAUAACGAUGUGUUUCUGAGCAGCAGUUUCACUGAGUUUCAACUUCCCUCAAUUUCGGAAACACCGCCGACUAAUGACAACCGGCCCAAAACACCUGACAAAAAACCUCCUCCUGUAGCUCACUCCACCCCUGUCGCUGCACCCCUGCCCUCGAACGCCUCCACCCCCGAACAUCGGUCGGCCUCGGCGUCAAAUUCGACAACGGCCCGUUCGUCGCGACGCGAUUCACUAUCGGAAAAGACGUCGGUUGUUUCGGCGUGUCCCACUCUGCUGCUCACUGAUAACAGCUUUGAUGGCGAUCUGCUGAAGGAGUACCAGCGCCACAAGCAGCGGUUCAACGACAGUGCCGGUACAGACGACACCCACAGUGUGAGAGGUGUGCAAAUGGCUGUGAAGGCGGAUGCUCCAAGGCAUGCACUCACCAACGGAUCGGCACCACCCAUUGCUCCAGCAGUCGACACCUCACACUACGACACUGUCAAGGUUGGCGGCGGGGGUCCAGUGGGAGGGGGGCUGAAUGGGAGCGUGGGGGGUGGAGCCGGUCGACCCAGGUUCCUGGCGGUCACCAGUCUGGAGGAUGUACAGGCGGUGCGUUGCGCCGAGUUCCACCCGACUGGACCCUACUAUGCAGUUGGAUCCAACUCAAAAACACUGCGCAUUUGCGCUUACCCUAAACUUACCGACCUCAGAGAGGAGCACACAACAGUGCAGCCGACGGUGCUGUCGAAGCGCACGCGACACCACAAGGGCUCGAUCUAUUGCAUGGCAUGGACGCCGGUCGGCGACCUGAUGGCGACUGGCAGCAACGACAAGACAGUCAAGCUGAUGCGGUUCAACGCGGAGACGGCGACGCUGGAGGGCGCUGAGACGGAGCUCACCAUGCACGACGGCACAGUGCGCGACGUCUGCUUCCUCGAGGACACCUCCAACAAGUCGAGUCUGCUCAUCAGUGGCGGCGCUGGCGACUGCAAGAUCUAUGUUACCGACUGUGCCACCGGCCAACCCUACCAGGCCCUCUCUGGACAUUCCGGGCAUGUAUUAACGCUGUAUAACUGGGGAGGCGCCAUGUUCGUGAGUGGAUCGCAGGAUCGGACGAUUCGCUUCUGGGACCUGCGGGCGAGGGGCUGCAUCAACGUCGUCACACCGCUCACAUCCCCCGCCACAAGGGGCUCGCCAGUGGCAGCAGUGUGCGUGGAGCCAUCCGGCCGUCUGCUGGUGUCAGGCCACGAGGACGCCAGCUGUGUGCUGUUCGAUGUGCGAGGCGGCCGCACUCUGCAGACGUUCAAGCCGCAUACGGCCGACGUCCGCUCCAUCCGCUUCUCACCCAGCGCAUACUACCUGCUCACCGCUGGCUACGACAAUCGACUUGUGCUCACUGAUCUACAAGGAGAUCUGACAACACCGCUACCAAGCGUGGUGGUAGCCCAACACCAGGACAAGGUGAUCUCGGGCCGCUGGCAUCCGGUCGACUUUUCCUUCCUGAGCACCAGCGCAGACAGGACGGCCACACUCUGGGCCCUGCCGCCUGUCUAAACUCAUCACCACAUCACCACAGGAUCAACCGAGAGAGGAACGAAUAGGCUGUUCAGAGUAAACCAAUUUCAAGGUCAUCCUAGCCUCAUCAAUGAAUGUUUGUAGUUGAACCAAAUAUUGAGGCAACAUUAUCAAUAGAAUGUUUGAGGCCUGUAUAAACAUUUAUUUUCUUCUGGUAAAGAAAUUUAUUACAUUGCACAUUUAGAGCCGCUUGCGCAGUGAGAGAUUUAACUGAAUUAAAUCAGUUGGUGGUUUAAUCUGAAAAUGGAACACGUUAUAACAAGCGAGACAUAAUAUGGACUUGAUCCAGUUUCAACUGAGAAUCCGUUUAAAUUGAUAGUGUGCAAACCACACAUGCACUUAGGUUCAGUUGCACAAAAGCAUGUUGAAUUUUAACCGUGAUUAAAUGCCACGAGAAUCAAUAUUGCAGAAGCCUGUUUUUAAAAGAAACCUUUAAAAAAAGACAUCUCUGAUUGGUACUCGUGGCAUUUAAUCAUUUUUAUUUAACAUGCUUUUCUGUAAACGAGCCAUAGUGUGUAAGUUAUCUACUUUUCCUAAAUCACAGUACGGUACUCCUUUGCUUUAUAAAACAGAAAAUGAGUCAAUGUAUUAGACUAUUGAGUCGAUUAUGUGGCUCAUCGUUUGCUUCACAUUUAGAGAGCGCUUAGUGUGAUCCUUGGCUCAAUAUUAUAACAUUUUCAAAUUCCUAUAAAACAUGUCUCUGGUCUAAAAUUAUAAAUUCAAUUUUUCAUAUCAGUCUAAAUUGUUUUUGUGGACAGUGAUUAGAAAAUCAAUAAAUCUCAAAAAAUUCUCAUAAAAUAAUUUUUUCAAACAUUAAAUCACCAUUAAAUUGUUGUGAUAUGUGAAUAGAAGGCUGCCCACCAUAGCCGAUUCCAAUUUAUUGCCGUUUUCGUAGACAGCCUUAAGAAUGAUUCAAUGCUCUCUCUAUUGUCUGUGGGCUCUACCCAAAAAUGUGUUAUUUUAUGAUUAGGCAAGACGUUUGUUACACAGCAUGAUAAGAAUUUAAUGUAGAUAUGGAAUAAUUAUUUGACAUCUAAUAAGCUGCUAAUAGUAUUAUUUGUAUUCGACUAAAUUGAUGGUAAUAUCUAAUUAUUAUAUUUUAAUGUUGAAUCACAAUCAAAUGACGAUCAUGUAUUAUACUUUAUUGAUGAUUGAAGUAUUGUUUAUUAAAUAUAUCGAUCAAUAACUAAUUCAAAAUUAUGAUAAAAUUAAUUCAACAUAGCGUUUUUAUUAAUAAUGAUGAUGAUUAUUGCAGACUCUGAGAGAAAGUCAGUUUCUGUCUUGUUAUUGAUUGUCAAGAUGAUAUUGAUUGCCAAGAUAUAUUUGUGAAAUUUCAUUAAUUUUUGUAAAUUUUUGAAAUUAAAAAUUAAUUUAAUCUGAUAUACGCGUAAUUCACUGCUCAGAGUAGUCUAACUAUAUAUAUUUUUUAAUUCAUUUGAAAUUAUCCUGUGAAAUUGUUAUUAUAAUAUAUUUUAGUAAUAUUUCUUUGAAUGAAUUUUCGUUUAAUAUGACACAAAUUUGUUACGGUGUCUUAUAUUGAAAUGAUAAUUGUAAACAUCUUGGUCCAUCGUUUGAAGAUAUUACAAGAUUGUUAUUACAUUACUAUGACGUAAAAAAUAGAAUAGUAUUGUUUAUAAUCAUUUUUUUCAAAAUACCAUUAAAAUGUAAUUAGUUAACAUCUGAACCAAUAUUACUAAUUAAUCAUUGAUAGUUUUUGCUUACUGGUAUACUUCUUAUUUCUGUAUUUGGAAUUGUAUUGUUUUUCAUUUCCUCUUACUAAGUUGUUUCCUGUUAGUCUUCUAGUUAUGUUAUUCAGCAUCGAAUUUUCUUCUCUUCGUAAUAUUAUUUUUCUCACUUUUUUAGACAGUUUUAUAUUGUCAAAUCUACUUUAGUAUUAUUCCUGAAAAUUGUGUCAAUUCAAUUUUUCGUUAAUUCAUUACAACGACUUUACUAUUAAUUUUGAAGAACUGUAUAUUGGUUAUUUCCCCAUUCACUGUACAUUUUGUCACAGUAUUUUUUAGGAAUUUUGUGAGAACAUUUUUUUUACCUUUUUCGUUACAUACAUUGAUUUUUUUGUGCAAUUGUACUCGUUGAGAAGCUCUCUUUUUCUUUUUACAGCGAACCUUUAUGAAACGAUACCAAAAAUUUAGUUGUAGUAUGUUUAUAUAGUUAGUUUUGUAAAUUGAAUCAAUCGAGCUUUUCCCUCAUCAUCAAAACUUGUGGAUGUACUCUUUACAAGGCUGAAGUUGGGAUCAACAAGGUUCUCAUUUUUACACUUUUUAUAUGAAAUGCAAUCUAAAAUAUUCCAUUGUCCUAUUUUACAAACCGGGUGCAAUAUUUUUUUGGCAAGAAUUUCUUUUUGGGGAAAAAUUCUGUUUUGAAAUCAUAUUAUUAGUCCUAUAAGUGACCAAUUUGUUGUAUUCAACAGUUUUUCAUAAAUAUUCACUAGUAACUAAGUGACUGAGCAAUGUUUCACUAGUAACUAGUUUACUGAAUUUAUCAAAUUUCAAAUCAGUUGAAAGUUCAAUAUGCUUCCUUUUCUAAUCGGUUUUUCAAAGUUAUAAGACCAAGGUACAAAAUCGCCUAAAUAGAUCAAAAGUAUCCUGAUGAAUUGAAUUUCAGUUUCUUCUGAAUUGAAUUUUGUUUUCGAGAUGUAUUAACUUUGACAGCUAUAAUUUAAUAUUUUGCGAGAAUUUGUUUUUUUUUGUUGAAUAAAAACUACAUUUACAUUGAUAACAUUAUUUGUUAAUAAGAUAGUUAAUAAUGUUUCAAAAUAGUCAUCUAAUGCAUGAAUAAAUAUGCAAUUAACAUGGAUUUAUUCAUAAAUAACAAAUCGUUGAUACAAUUUUUUAUACUCCUAUACAUUUGGAUUAUAAUUCUUAAUAAUUUGAAAAUACGAUUAAAAUAUUUUCUACUAUAAUACAAUAGUAUAAUAUUGUUUUUGCCUCUAUAGAUUUUUCAUAUAUUAUGAUAAAAUAAUAAUGUGUUGCAUCUGAUUUAUAAUUAUAAAAUAAAAUAGCAUCAACUUUCCAAAUGUGUACCAUAUUGUUGAUGAAAAUUCCCAUUCGCAUUUCCAUAAUUGGGACGUUGACGAUCAUAAUCAGAUGCAUUAAUAUAAAGCUAUUUUUGUAAGAAAACACCAUUAAUAUAAUAAUAAUCACUCAAACACCUCAUCAUGCUAUCUAUUGAAAUAUUAUCAAUUGUAACAAUGCAUAACGUAUAUUUUUUCAAUAUCUGUAUUACUUAAUAAUAUUAAAGAAAUGUUUAUUCAUGUCUGUUAUGUUACUGUUAUUGUUGGCGUAUUCAAUGUAAACAUGUAUUCUUAGCAUGUACCUGAGGAAACUAUUAAGUUUGAAAUUGAAGUUUAACAAACAAACCGCUGUAAUAUUUUAUCUCAAUAGAUGAUUAUAUGUAUUAUGGCUUGUAUAGUGAUUGUUUUAUAAAAUAUGAAUAAUUUAAUAAUAUCUAAAGUAAAAAUAACUUUGACAACUUAA